GUGUGUGUGUGUGUGUGUAGGGAUGCCAUUUUAGAUAAAGCAGAGAAGGUCUCCCUGAAAAGGCACCAGUAAGUAAAAUCCUAAACAAGGGGAGAGGGGGAACUGAGUAUCUGGGGGAGGACCGUUCUGGGCAGAAGGAAGAGACAGUGCAAAGGUCCUGCACUGAGGAGGAGCAAGGAAGCCAGUGUAUUGCAGUGGAUCCAGGGCAGAGUGAGAGGAGAGGCUGGAGAGACGAUGGGGGAAAGUUCACCCAGGGCCUUGUGGACUGUGGUUGAGAACAUUGGGGUUUUUUUUAUCUAGAAUGAGGUGCAGCAAGCAGAUGUCUCUGAGUCAAGGAGGGCCCUGAUGUGGGAUGUGUUAUGCCCCGUGGCUGCAUUAUAGGGAGCAAGUUGUGGGGUAAGGGAGGAGGAGGGAAAACAGGGAAGAGGCUGCUGCCAUAGUCUAGGUGUGAAAGGAUGAAGGAAGGACCAGGAUGAGGGCAUGGGUGGGGGGAAAGGAGGUGAGGGGUUAAAUUCUGGGAAUAUUUUGGAAACGGAAUUGCCGGCCCUGACCAUUAGAAGGAUGAAGGGUGGAAGGCAAAGGCACCCAGUCAUCUCCGGGCUGGGGUUGUGGGCAUUGCAGCCCACAGCCAUGCAGGCGUGACAGCCAAACCGGGUUGAUGAAACCAGUAAGGCCUGGACCCUGGUCUGGCUCCAGGUCUUCUUGGGGGAUAUACAGGUUUGGAGAGGGCUGGAGGGGUUCAUUGGCAGCUUUGUACCCUACACACUGCUAUAGCGGUAUAGCAUGGUGAUUAAAAGCCCAGACUCUUAAAAAAAAAAAAAAAAAAAAGCCCAGACUCUCCAGCCAGGCUGUCUGGUUUCAAGUCAGCUCCAUCACCUAUUUGCUGUUGCUGUGUGCCCUUGGGCAAGUGGUUUAGCCUCUCAGAGCCUGGUAAGUAGUCUUGAGCACUCUGUGAUGAAAACGACAUGACUGAUGACCAAAGAGGAUGAAAGGAGUCUACAAAAUCAUCCCUCUGAGACAUCCUUUAUAUGCGGCAAGCAUAGAGAAGGAGUUAGGUCUGAGACCUCAGAGAGAGAGAAAAUACUCAUAAUCACCACCACACUAAGACCCCUGCCCUAACUGGCCUGGUUUGCGGGCCUGCGGGAAGGCUAUAUCCCAGGCAUAAGCCCAAAAAAUAACUGUACUCGCUUUCCCAUCCCUCUCCUUUUGCCCUUGUCUCUGCUUCAUCUCUCUCUGUUUUGAUGUCUCACAUCUUUUUUCGUGGCCGUCUCUUCUUUCUCCAUCCUCCGCCUAUCCCUUUCUCAACGCUGCCUUAAGUCUUUUCAUCAAAGCGAGGAGCCUCCCAGUAUCUCCGCCCCCGCGCCUGGCGGGGGGGUAACAUUGCGCAUGCGCCAUCAGCGCCCCUCCCUCCACCCCCAUACCCUGUCGGCGUCUGGGCCUCGUCCCCUUCUGUCUCCCUCUCCUCCCCCAUCACUUCCCCCGACACUGACACCCCAUUACUCCAGUCUCCCCAGUCUCAGCUUUGGUCUCCAGCCCCAUCCGCCCGAGGAUUUGCCUGAAAGCCGCCCCCAACUCUACAUCCGCCCCCCGGAGGGCCACUGAAGACCAUGACUAAGACAGAUCCCGCUCCGAUGGCCCCUCCACUCCGGGGGGAGGAAGAAGAAGAGGAGGAGGAUGAGCUGGUCCCCGAGGCCCCCAGCCCCACCCAGGAGCGCCGGCAGAAGCCUGUUGUGCACCCCUCGGCACCUGCCCCCCUCCCCAAGGACUACGCCUUCACAUUCUUCGAUCCCAAUGACCCGGCAUGCCAGGAGAUUCUCUUUGACCCGCAGACCACCAUCCCUGAACUGUUCGCCAUUGUGCGCCAGUGGGUACCCCAAGUCCAACACAAGAUCGAUGUCAUUGGCAAUGAGAUUCUGCGUCGAGGCUGCCACGUGAAUGAUCGUGAUGGGCUGACCGACAUGACACUGCUCCACUAUGCGUGCAAAGCUGGGGCUCAUGGAGUUGGGGACCCCGCUGCGGCUGUGCGCCUUUCGCAGCAACUGCUGGCAUUGGGCGCCGAUGUAACACUGCGCAGCCGCUGGACCAACAUGAACGCGCUUCACUACGCUGCCUACUUCGAUGUUCCCGACUUGGUGCGCGUGCUGCUGAAGGGCGCAAGGCCAAGAGUGGUGAACUCCACGUGCAGUGACUUCAACCAUGGCUCAGCCCUGCACAUCGCUGCCUCCAACCUGUGCCUGGGUGCGGCCAAAUGUUUGCUGGAGCAUGGUGCCAACCCAGCGCUGCGGAACCGAAAGGGACAGGUGCCAGCAGAGGUGGUCCCAGACCCCAUGGACAUGUCCCUGGAUAAGGCAGAGGCAGCACUGGUGGCCAAGGAGCUGCGAACACUGCUGGAGGAGGCUGUGCCACUCUCUUGUGCCCUCCCCAAGGUCACGCUACCCAACUAUGACAACGUCCCGGGCAAUCUCAUGCUCAGUGCACUGGGUCUGCGCCUGGGAGACCGCGUGCUGCUGGAUGGCCAGAAGACGGGCACACUUCGGUUCUGCGGGACCACGGAGUUCGCCAGUGGCCAGUGGGUGGGCGUGGAGCUGGAUGAACCCGAGGGCAAGAAUGAUGGCAGUGUUGGGGGUGUCCGUUACUUCAUCUGCCCUCCGAAGCAGGGUCUCUUUGCCUCUGUGUCCAAGAUCUCCAAGGUAGUGGACGCACCCCCUUCAUCGGUCACCUCCACACCUCGGACUCCUCGGAUGGACUUUUCCCGUGUCACUGGCAAAGGCCGCAGGGAACACAAAGGCAAGAAGAAGCCCCCGUCAUCCCCGUCUCUGGGCAGCCUGCAACAGCGGGAAGGAGCCAAGGCUGAGGUUGGAGACCAAGUCCUUGUCGCGGGCCAGAAGCAAGGGACCGUGCGCUUCUAUGGGAAGACAGACUUUGCCCCCGGUUACUGGUACGGCAUUGAGCUAGACCAGCCCACUGGCAAGCAUGAUGGUUCUGUCUUCGGUGUCCGGUACUUCACCUGUCCCCCACGGCAUGGAGUCUUUGCGCCAGCAUCCCGAAUUCAGAGGAUUGGUGGAUCCACUGACCCCCCUGGGGACAGUAUUGGAGCCAAAAAAGUGCAUCAAGUGACAAUGACACAACCCAAGCGCACUUUCACCACAGUCCGGACCCCAAAGGACAUCGCAUCAGAGAACUCCAUCUCCAGGUUGCUCUUCUGCUGCUGGUUUCCCUGGAUGCUGAGGGCGGAGAUGCAGUCAUAGAGGACUGGAUACCUGACAGAGAGUCAAAGAGUCCCCUCUAGCAUCUCCUGACACAAGGAGCCCCCGAGUCACCCUGAGAUAGAGAUUCCCAGUAACACAUCCAGAAUAGAGACCCCAUUAGCCAGCCCUCGAUCACUGAGGCCCCAUUAUUAACAGAUUCCCUCAUAACCCCCAAAUACAGACCCCAUGGUACCCAGAAAGAGAUUCCCUGAGUGUAGCACCUUCAGGCUAGUCCCUGUCCCCAACCCCUCAGAGCAGACCCCCCAAUAACAUGUUUCCACAUCACCUCAAAGGAUGGUGACUUCUACAUAAUGGCUCCAGAGUCAUUCAUCACUGGAUCAGAAUCCUCCCCCAUUAACAAAGACACCCCUCUCCAUCAAGUCCCCUUGAAAUAAACACAGGUCAUAUCUCCAGAGCAACAGAGUAACAACUACAUUUAACAUCAGUCCCCUCAAGAUGUUGUGACCACCAAGGUCACCCCAAAAACUUACACUGCAAUCAGACACCCUACAUUAACAAAUCCCCGCUCUUACCCCUCAAGAAGAGACCCACAUUAAACAGCCCACUCUCACCCCCAAUUUACAGACACCAAAACAGUCCUGGAAGUGCUAAUUACAGGACCCCUAAGUCUUCCUACCCUCUGCGCCCUGAAGAAGCCCCCAGUGCCUUGUAUGAAGCCCACCCCACACGGCCCACAGCCCCUGUGCUGGCCAGGCUCCCAGAAAAUUCUCUAUUUUUUAAGUAAUGACUUCCCCCUUUGGGGGACCCCAAAAUUUGGAGGCCCCAUUCUGGGACUCUGGGGAUCCCAGACCCCAGAGUACAUGUCCCAAAUUCCCCUGUGCCCCCAAGUCCUAUAGCUCCUAAAGGACCUCAAGGCCCUAACUCCCAAAUCAUGGAAUCCCAAAUCCCCAGGGAAUCCCAAAUUUUAAAAUUUAAUCCCAAGCCCCCAGGAAACCCCAACCAUGGAGGUCCUUGUGCCUGGGAUGGAGGAGACUGCAGUUAGGAUAUGCAUCCCGGGCUCCCAGAGCACCUCAAGCCCUGCUCAUAGGCACCAGGAGACCCCAAACAGGAAUUCUCAUCCCUGGAAACCGGAGCACUUCAAUGCCCUGAGUCGAUGGAUCUCAAGACACCCAAAUGUAAAGAGCCCCACCCCCAGGGAACCCCAAAUCCUAAAGCCUCCAUCUCUAGUAUAUGAAGGGCCCCAAGGUCUUGAGGGGAUCGCAAAUCCUGGAACCCCUAUUUCAAUCUACGUUCUGGUCACAGGUCCAAAACACCGAAUCUGAGUCACUGGCCCCAAAGGACCUCAAGCACCCGGGUCAGACCAACAGCCUGAGGGAGAACCUAAAGGCCCAGGGGGUCUAGGGUGGACCUGGGGCCCUGACCACCAAGGACAGCUCACGACUGCCCCUUCACUGCAUGUCCCCGAACUCAGCAUGACCCCUAUCCCCUUCAAUAAAAAUGUUUCUAUGGCUUA